GUUACCAAACCUGUUUUUAUACAAAUUUCAAUUUCUACAUAUAACUAUUAAAUCUUCAUGUAAGUCUGCAUAUGAUUUUCUUUUGACCCCAGUGCUAUUUCAGUCACACACACACACACACACACACAGGGUGCAGACCUCAAUUUCUGAGAUUUAGCUUGAGAAGAUGAAUGAUCUUCUGUCGUCAAUGGGAAACUUGGACUCACACUAUAUGUACAGCCUGCUGAAGGUGCCUUUGAAGGAAUUAUGAAAUCUUUGUCUUUAAUUGUGAUUUUGAAAAAUGAAAUGUUUCUUUAUAUUUUUUCAUGUGAAUGCUUUUUAUAUAUCGUAAAUGGUUUUCAUUGGAUUGUUAUGUGGGAGAGGAGACUGUUAUUAUCGUCAUGGGGGUGUUUGAUAGUGCCUUUCUCUUAAUGAGCCAAGUCUAGGUGCAUUUAUGCUGUCGAAAAAUAAAAAAAAAACAACUUCCAAGACAUUAACAGGUCUUUAAUAAGGCCAUAAAACAUUGUGCAUUAAAUGCACACAAUUUUGAGGGAUGGGCUUUUUAAUGGUACUUAAGAAUAAGAUGAUUUUUAUCCCAGUGUUUUUUUAUUUUUCUGCAACAACUACUGAAUGCACCUAAACUGCCUUGUAAAUAUUGAAUUGCUUUAUGUAACGGUACAAAAAAAAAAAAAAAACAGAUUCAGAGCACUGUGGCCAUUAGGCCAAAGGGUGGCGCCCUAAGCAUUGUAUAAAUUCACUCCACUGUCCAUGUGAUGGUCAUUUUGAAUGAGAGACAGCUUCCCAGAGGCCAGCCUAUUCUCAAACACAUCCAGCCCACACCUGCUCAGGCCUGCAGGGGGGAAUUUCUUGUGAUUUAGUGGCACAUCUGGGUAAGGAAACCCAGAGGAAGUAGCACACCUCCCAACCGAAGCCCUGUGGCUCACCUAGCAAACCACAAGGUGCUUCUUGUAUGAGGCUCAUCACUCACUAUGCAUAAACUCACCCAGGUUUCACUAAAUAACAUUCAUGUGGCAUCUAAAGGGAAUGUCCGGUUUUACCACUUCUGGUAGUUUUAUAUUAGGCUAUGAUGUAUCAAAGAGUAUUUUAUUUACUGGGCUUUAGUGCUGAAUCUACUGAUGUGGGCUAGCGUCACUGACUUGACCAUAUGAAUACAAUCUGGUGCAAAUAUGUGAAAUAUUGUAGAGAAUAAUGAAGUGCUUUGAUGUGUAAAAAUGUUUGAGAUACAUUUAUACUGUGUGUGGCAUAUAAAUUAAUACAAGAAAACAUC